UUGAGGAUCUGGACCUCAGAAGCAGCCAGAAGCAUCGUUUGUCAGACAACCGAUAAGAUGGCCUCAGAUCUGGAACAACUGUGCUUUCAUGUUAAUGAAAAGAUCAGCAAUAUUAAAAGAACUCUGUCGUUAAGACAUCUUGGCCAAGAACCUGCCUCAAACACCUUAUUAAAUAAAAUAGGAGAUGAGAUUGUUGUAGUAAAUGAACUACUCAAUAAAUUUGAAUUGGAAAUUCAGUAUCUGGAACAAACCAACGCAUCCCUCAAGGAGCUCUGUGACUCUCUUGAAGAAGAUUAUAAAGAUGUAGAACAUCUCAAAGAAAACAUCCCUGCCCAUCUGCCUCAAGUGAAAGUAACCCAGAGCUUGGCUAGUAAAUCAAAUCUUAACUCAGAAGAACCAGUCAAAGCCGAUGAACCGGCACCCGCAAAGAAGCCCCCCAAAGAACAAAAAAAUAUUAAAGAAAUGUUAUUUAUAACUACGGAUGAGUUCAAUGGUGUUCCUGCGUACAUGAAAUCUCGCUUAACCUAUUGUCAAAUUAAUGAUGUUAUUAAAGAAAUCAACAAGGCUGUGGUUAGUAAAUACAAGAUUGUCCAUCAACCAAAAGCAUCUCUGAAUUCUGUAAACAGAAAUCUCUAUCACCGAUUUAUUAGUGAAGAAACAAAGGAUACCAAAGGUCAUUAUUUUAUAGUGGAAGAGGACAUCAAGGAGUUCACGACUUUGAAAGCCGACAAGAGGUUUUAUAUGAUCCUGAAUAUUCUGCGACACUGCCGGAGGCUGUCAGAGGUCCGAGGGGGUGGACUUACCCGUUACGUCAUAGCAUGAGGGUUUGCGAGCUACCAACCCAAGCAACCUUAGGAUGUAGAGGCUAGUGCUGUCAGUUCCUCACAUAUCACUUAUUUUAGUCUGUUUAUUUCCUAUGCUGUUUCUUAUAGCAAUCUUUUUAGAUAUAGCAAAUAUAAUCAGAUUUCACUGCCUUCCGGCAUUUACCAUCUAAGCCUCUGAACUAGGCAAGCACACUGUGGAACUAAGAAGUGCGCAUGUCUAGUUUUGUGUUUUGUGACAUGGAUGUAUGUGUGAGAUUGGAAGGGAAAGGUCAAGCAGAUGAGGCCAUGGGUAGCCAGUCCUGGAAUUCCAGCUCCUUAGUGUCUACUUCCAUCAUUUCAGUCUGCAGGCAGAUUUUCUAGAAGUGAUCUGGAGGCGAUAUAUGCAUCUGCUUCUUGGACCUCCCAUACAUCCUCAGGGAGCAUUCCUGAAAUGCAUACUGUGUAAUGAAAGUGCAAUGGAAAUUUACCGAGAUGCUGUGCUAUUGUGAUUGAAUAAAUGUGUACAGUUGCUCUUGGUCCUUACAUCUUUACUCUUAAAAUUGCUUAGUGUCCUAAGCAAUGGUUUGCAUUUUUUUGUUCUGUUUGGUCUUUGACUCUGCUUCCUGGCAUAGAGCUCUUAAAUCCCUUCGAAUUUCCUGCUAAUAGGACCGUAUUUUAUUCGAAUGUGGUGAUUCUUGCUAGACCUCUGGAUUGCUUCGGGGAGCUGCUGAUGCAAGCCAUGACUAAACGGUUCCAACUCUUAUCAUCCCCUCCCUGCCCAAUCUCUCAGGGAGGGGAGAGGAGCUGGAGAUCAAAUUAAUCCAUCCUGCUGACACGAUGAAUCCAUACAAAACCUUAAACUAUGGAGUUUGGAGAGCUUCCUGGUGGACAAGCACAUUGAUGUCCCAGGAGGGUGUUUUUCCCCAACUAUGAGGACAGAAGCUGAAAGGAAGUGUCUGGACCUUCCCUUUCUUCAUAUCACCUGUA